GGGUUCCUAUUGGACGAGGCGUGUGGUGCCUCGAGUCCCAACUGCUGCGAAGUUACCAGUUCACCACUUCCCCCAUCGGAUCGCUUACCUCGUCCUCCCGCAACCGCGUCGGCGAUGACAUCCGCGGCGGCGUCCGGCGGUGACGGCGAGAAGCCCAACACGCACCUUGGCCACCCCCUCCUCGCGCCGCCCCAGCCCCCGCAGCAGCCCUACUACGCCUACCCCGCCGCCUCCUACGCCCCGCCGCCGCCGCCGCCGCCGCCGACGCUCGUCUUCGUCCCGGCCCCCUGCUCCACGGUGCUCGUCCGCCUCCGCCGCCUGCGCCCACGCCGCGCCCCAUGCCUCCGCCGCUUCUCCACCCGAACCCUCCCGCUCCUGCUGCUCCUCGCGCUCCUCGCGGGACUCGCCUUCCUCCUAUAUCCCACGGCGCCCGCCGCCCGCGUCGCGGACCUAAGGAUCGAACAGUUCCGGAUCAACCCGCCGCCGCUCCCCGUGGUCGACCUCGGCCUCGCGCUGCGGCUCCGCGUCCGCAACCCCGAACUCGUCCUCCCGCUCCGAUACCGCGCGGUUUCCGCCGCCGUCUCCUACCGCGGUCACCUGCUCGGGUCUGCCAAAGCGCGCCCCGGGUUUGGUGAGCUCGCGGCCAGGGACGUGGCAUACGCCGACGCUGAGGUGUGGGUGGACGCUGGGAGAGUACUGGAUGACGUGGUCGAGCUCAUCGGGGACCUGGCUGCGGGGUCUGUGCCACUGGAGAUCGUCACGGAGGUGGUCGGCGCGGUCAGGCUGUUCCGUUUCGACAUCCCUGUGAAGGGGCUCAUAUCAUGCUCGGUGAAUGUCAGCCCAGAUACUCAGAGAAUCAUAAGUCAGGAUUGCUAUUAAGUUACUCCUAUAAUUAUUAUCAAGUUGCAGAGCCUGCUUGGUGGAACUGGAGUAUCCUUCUGUAAAUAAUUUGAAUGUUGUAUCGUGUAGGCUGGAAUAAAUAAGUGCAAGAUACCAUCAGGUUGGAGCGCUGGAUCACAACUUAUUCCAAUUAUGUUCUCUUGUAUAUAUUGUCAGAAAUGCUUAUGCCUGUAUUUGUAAUUGGUUAAUACUGCCUUCAUCGAGAUGUACCAUAGUAUAGAAAUUAAUCAUGGUGUAUGAUUUGACCUGAACAUGUAUGAUUUGUGAUAUUUGAAUUGAUGCGUGAUAGCUGAAAAAUUAUCUGAA